CAUCAAGAUCUAUCGUUGACUGUAUGGCAAUCAGCCCCCAUUAUCUGUGCUUCAAAUGCAGUGAAGGAUGCUUUGAAUUGGUGUGCAGUGAAAACUUUCGCAGCACAGAGGAAUCUGACUCUCGCCACUUAUGAUGCCACUCAUGAAUUCAAGAAUCAACCAAUACAUGACACCACCCUGAAUGAUUGGCUCUUGAACCUCGCAUCAGAUUCUCAAACAGCAUACACUAUUGGCCGUCUACCAUUGCUGCCUCAGAUGCCAGUUUUGGUCUGUGAAAAUUUCGAUGUUGCUGGCAGUAUUGUAAAUGGUAGCGAGGGCACUGUACAGUCAGUAUGCUAUACCAUGAAUGACAAUGGGCAGCAUAUGGCUACAAGCUGUGUAGUCAGAAUAGAAGAUUCAUGUGCUGAUCCUUUCACUGAUCUUCCACCUCAUGACUGCGUGAUUUUGCCAAAAAAAGUGACCAUGAAAGUUUCCCACCCAUGCAGCGGCGAAAUGACUAGUGUAAGGCGAUCCCAACUUCCUUUGCUGCCAGCAUUUUGCAUUACUGACUACAAAUCUCAGGGGAGGACUCUACCCAAGGUUAUCAUUGAUUUAGAAAGUGCACGCUCGAUCCAGUCUGCUUAUGUAAUGCUUUCACGAGCUACAGCUCUUGAGAACUUGCUAAUUUUGCGCCCUUUCAACUCCAGAUGCAUUAUUUGUCACAUGAAUGGAGAUUUGCGCAAGGAAUUGUCCCGUCUACAACUGUUGGAAUGUGACACC